AUGCCCGUUGCAGGAGAGAUGAGGAGGCAGCUGAGAUUUGGUAGAUUUCAUGUCUUCAAAUUAUUCGUCUUCUUCUUAACCGUAUUUGCUGUAAUAACAGUUCUUAGGACAUCAGUUGACAGUUCAGUUUUCAAAAAAUUGUCUUUUUUGAAAGCAAAUAAACAACCGUUGAUUGUUGUUAUAACGCCGACAUAUAAGAGAGCUACCCGACUAGCAGACUUGACAAGGAUGGCAAACACGCUGAUGUUGAUUAAAGAUUUACAUUGGAUUGUAAUUGAAGAUUCGGAUACAAAGCUUGAAUGCAUUGAGAGAUUAUUGAAUCGUACGGGAUUGCCAUAUUCGUAUUUAGCAGCUAAGACUAUCAGUGGAUAUCCAAAGCGAGGAUGGUAUCAACGAACAGUCGCUUUGAAUUAUUUGAGAAAAAAUAGAAAACAAAUUCUUGAUGGACAUAAAGAAGGCGUCUUGUACUUUGGAGAUGACGACAAUUCUUAUGAUAUACGUCUUUACAAUGAUUAUCUAAGAAACGUUAAGAAACUAGGCUUAUGGGCUGUUGGUAUGGUGGGUGGUACACCUGUUGAAUCUCCAGAUGUUGUAAAUGGAACUGUUGUCGGGUUCAGAGUGAAAUGGAAUCCUUCUCGUAUGUUCGCUGUUGACAUGGCUGGAUUUGGUAUAAAUCUACAAAUGGUUUUCAACUCAACAGCUGUGUUCGGUACAUCUUGUGGUCGUGGAGGAGGAGCCCCAGAAACUUGUUUGAUAGAAGAUAUGGGACUAACUAGAAAAGAUAUUGAACCUUUUGGUUAUGAGAAAGAUUUUGAUCGGGAUAUUGUGGUUUGGCAUACGAAGAGCAAUCAGCCAAGUUAUGAUAUGACCAAGGCUGACCUCAAUGGGUUCAUCUACGAGUAUAAGAAAAAAGAGAACACUACAGAGGCAGAAAGUCCAAAGAAAGCUGAAGAGAAGGCGCAGGUGAAGAUAGAAGAGACCGUGACAAAAAAGCAGCAGGAGUAA